GGGCAACGCUUCAGGCCCUACACCAGUUCCACCCACCAUGUCACCAAAGGGCGCUACAUCACGAGCAACGACCCAAGGGGCUACAUACCCGUCUACGAGUACCCGCUGAACGGACAGUGGAUCAUGCUCGACAUGGACGACGGCUACGUCCUCUGGACAGGCAUCUGGAAAGCACUCGGCAACUCCAAAGCGGACAUUGUCAAGAUGAUCGAGUCGCAGCCCGACUUGGCGUCCAAGCUGCGCCGCGUGCGUGGCGGCUACCUCAAAAUUCAGGGCACCUGGAUGCCCUACGAGAUUGCCCUGCGCCUCGCCCGCAGAGUCGCUUGGCCUAUCCGCCACGAGCUCAUACCGCUAUUCGGGUAA